CUGCAGGAGAAAUAAACCCUGCAGAUUACUUAGGCCAGAAGGUGAAGAGAGACUAACAGUUUGCAGUAAUACAGCCCUUCCUGCCCUCACCACAGGCACUAACUGGCUCAGAGGAAACCCACUCUGCUCUUUGAUAAGGUGGCAAUUUUAAACAGGAUCAGGCACCAGAACCACCUCCCAGAGUGCAGAGCAGGAGAGAAGCUGAGAGCAUGUUCCUUUGCUUCUGAGGAAAUUUUGAUGCCCUCCCAUGUUCUUUGAUGAAAUCCACCAACCAUAAAAUUUACUGCUUUUUUUUAAAAUAGCAGCAACCCUCCAGCCGGCCAUAUUGGAGGUUGGGAAAUAAAGCUGCUCUAAAAUUAUGUGUGUCUUGGAAAUAACCCCCUGCACUUGAAAAAAACAAAGCCAAACAACAGCAACAAAAACCAGCCACAACAAACACCACAAUCUUCGCCCUACACAAAGGUCCUUGAAAAUGAGCAAGGAGCCUUGGGUUCUCCGGCCCACCUUGUGCCUCACUGGGCUCAGCCUGCUUGUCUCUCUGGCGCCCUGUGGGCUGGGCAUGGAAAUCACGGCACAACCUACCGUCAGUGCUUUGAAUGGCUCUUCCGUGCGCCUCUCUUGCACCUUCAACUCCUGCUACAAAGUGGAGAACAAACAGUUCUCCCUGAACUGGACUUACCAGGAAUGUGAGAACUGCACCGAGGAGAUGUUCCUGCAGUUCCGGAUGAAGAUCGUGCACUGGCGGCUGGAUCGCUUCGGGAACAGGGUGGAGUUCACCGGCAACCCCAGCAAGAACGACGUGUCCUUCACCCUCCACCAGGUGCAGCUGGAGGACGAGGGCACCUACAACUGCUACGUGAUGAACCCCCCCGACAGGCACCGGGGCCACGCCCGCAUCUUCCUGAAGGUGAUCACCGAAGUGCCCCCGGAGCGCGACUCCACGGUGGCUGUUAUCGUGGGGGCCUCAGUGGGGGGCUUCCUAGCCGUGGUGAUCCUGGUGCUGGUAAUCGUCAAGUGCGUGCGGAGGAAAAAGCAGCAGAAACUGAACACAGACGACCAGAAAACGGAGGAGGAAGGGAAGACAGAUGGCGAAGGGAACCCCGAGGAGGGCACCAAGUAACGGCCCCCUCUCCUUUCCCCCUGUACAGUGUGACCCCUUGUGUGCUUCUCCAGAGAAUGGAUUUCAGACUCCCCAGAAUUACUGAGCAUCCCUCAUCUACGUAGCCAGCCCCGACCGCCGGGAAUCCAGGCUUCAGCAGGGCCUGGGCAGAAGACUGCUGUGCACCUGGGCUGGGCUAGGGCUUGGCGGAGGUGCGUGGAUAACCUAAGCCUACCGAGCCCGUCCCCUGCACCAGACUGCUGCCUGCUCCCGCCUCUCUCUCCCUAUGAGCCGGGAAGAGCCCGCCCCUGAGUGCCAAGGUGCUGCCCAGGGCGGGGGCUGGAGCAAUGCAGAGGCUGUGGCUGAGAGGGAGGCAGGACCUCCCCUGAGGACGGUGGAGGCGGGGAGGGAGAGAGGGCUGCAGCCUCUCAGCGUGAUGGGCAAUGGGGACGGGGGGCUAGCGAGCCCUUCUGCCCUAGGCCCUGGCACCGGUGUGAGACGUUAGUGUGCUGGCCAGGGGUAGAUUCCUGGGAAGGCCAGAGGGUUCUCCUGUGCCUUGCACUCAUGGCAGAGCCUCGAGCACAGGGGACCCUUUUCUAUGUCAAGUAAUCCGAUCGGUCUCCCUGGAACCCCUCGAGCUCCGUCCCCACAGGCCAGUCUGCUCCCCAGGCCCUUCUGAUCUGGGCCCAUCCACAAAGGCACCCGGCUCCUAUCCGAAAUUUGUAAUGGGCAUUAGCAGGGCACCAGUGUUACGGGAAGGCAGGGGGCGCGGCGGCGCCUCUGUCGGGCAGAGGGACGGAGGG